UGGCAGAAGGAGAAAGCCAUUGCGACAUGCUUUCAGAGCAUGGGCUAGAUAUAGAGGCGUGUAUUAUGUGACACUUUAAUUCCCAUUGCAGGGUGUGUGCACAUCUGCUAAUAUAUAUGUGUGUGUGCGCGUGCGGUGGUGCAGUGCAAGUCGAAACAGCAGCAGCUUUAGUUGCCGUUGAAAUCAACUUAAAGUGUCACCAUGAAAUCGCCUGUGAAGUUACGUGUUUUGUGGCUAGCAUUGUUCAUAUUCGGUAUCUAUAACUUUCACUGGAUCUUCUCUGGCAACACGUGUAACAAUGCAUCAUCUACUCGGGCAGACCAUGCCACUUCGACAAAGCAAAGGAUGCAUGAACCUUUAGCCGAACAGCUGGAUGAAAUUGAGAGUAUGUUGGGGAAACUAAUUGAAGAUAAGAAGGAACCAAUUUGCUCCGGCAAUCCGUGGGUCUCCCGGCCGGACACGGUGAUUUUUUCAGAAUGGGGGAAGGAGUUAACUCUCCGCGAGAAGCGUAAAGUCUGUGCCGGCUUCCUCGACUACGGCUACAAUAUAUACUUGAGUGACCACUUGCCUCUAGACAGAGAUAUCCCAGACUACCGACCACAAGGAUGCAGCACCAAGCAGUAUCCCUCGGAUCUCCCGGACCUCAGCCUGGUGCUCAUCUUCUACAACGAGGGGCUGUCCAUCCUGCUGCGAGCGCUGCACUCGGCCGUGCGGAACACACCCGCCCACCUGCUCAAGGAGGUCAUCUUCGUCGACGACAAGAGCGACCUGCCCGAACUGCAGGAAACGAUGACGAACAAGGUGCAGGAGUUCGCAAGGGAGCGGACCAACGUCACCAUACGGAUCAUCCGGCACAAAGAGCAACUCGGAUUGAGUGCUUCCCGUGUGUCCGGCAUCAGAGCUGCAUCUGGAUCCGUUGUGGCAGUUAUGGAUGGGCACGUGGAAUUCCCGGUUGGCUGGGCAGAGCCUAUAUUGGCAAGGAUAAAAGAAAACCGGAGGGUGAUCGUGUCUACGAUAUUCGACCAAAUACGAUACGAUAGUUUUCUGGUCAAUCGUUUCGAGUCGCAAGCACAAGCGUACGACGUGCAGCUCUGGGCCGUCUACAACAGCCCUCCUCUGGACUGGAUCGCCAACAACGACCCCACAGCCCCCAUCCGGAGCCCUGCCGUGAUGGGCUGCAUGGCAGCCAGCAAGAGUUACCUGGAAGAAAUUGGCUUUCUGGAUGAAGGCAUGUUGGUGUAUGGAGGAGAGAAUGUGGAGCUGGGAAUAAGGACCUGGCAGUGCGGGGGUCGAGUGGAGAUCCUGCCCUGCUCUCGCGUGGCUCACAUCGCCCGAUACUACAAGCCCUACGCGCCGGACCUGUCGAUUCACAUGCGGCGAAACGCUCUGCGUGUCGCCGAGAUUUGGAUGGACGAAUACAAGUGGAUGGUCUACAUGGCUUGGGGUGUGCCUAUUCAAGGCUCGGGCAUUGACAUAGGCGACAUAUCCAAACGAGUUGCUCUGCGUACCCUACUCAAGUGCAAGAGCUUCAAAUGGUAUCUGGAAAACGUAUUCCCGUCGUUCGACCUCCGCCAUAAAAUUGUCCGCUACGGAGUUUUGACAAACAGCAAAAGAACAGAUGUAUGCUUGGACAGAGGAAACCCAGAGAAAAAUAAACCGAUAGUUUACCCAUGUUUUGGAUACCAACCCCAGUUGGUCGUCCAAACCCCCUCCAAUUUUAUCAUGGUUGGGUUUAAGCUCACUAAUUCGGAGCAAGGAAGAACGACUGUCGGCAUCUCUGAGAAUGGAGAGGACUUGUCUCUGUUGGAUAUCGACGUCUCUGCGGAUCAAGGGCGAUUCCUGCUGUUUGAGGAUGGCCAGAUGAAAUCUCAAGACAACACAAAGUGCAUGGAAAUCGUAGAUAACAUCGCUAGUGAAUAUGGGGUGGAUUUAGUGUUGCAACCCUGCUCUGGCCAGAAGUGGACUCUGGCAUAUUACCAGAAAUCAUAGAAAAGUGCAAUGUGUAUAUAAGGCAGCUUACAUUUUGUUUAAAUAAUAUAUACAUCGUUUAAUUGUACGUAAGUUGUGUUUGAUCAAAAGCAGAAAGUAAAACUCCCUGCAGUGUUAAUAAAAGUUAAUAUGGCUAAGGUGGACUGUAUAACACUGUUUAAGACUACUAUCAUUAUCAUCUCUAUGGAGUAGAUCACCAAUUAACUUCUGAAAUUAAACUGCAGUAUACGAGGUUUCUUGAAUGACAAACUGCUCUGCAUAGGUUGGCAAUUUUUGCAAAUGGUCUUAAUCUCAUCCUCGUGAUCAACCAAUCCCUCAGUUAAUGCAUGUUCCCUAUAAUUCCCCACGCCAUCCUCUGGAUGUCGUCAUCACAGAAGUUAAGUUCAAUCAUGGCAUGCUCAUGACACCCGUCACUUUUAUUGGCAACAUCUUAUACGUUUCCCUUUUCCCACAGACUUAGUUUAUUCAAGAAAUUCCAGGCCCCAAAUUUAUUUUCUCUAAUCAGGUACUCACCUCCUCCACAUCUCCCUCGACUUAUAGAGAGAGGCAGUCCGUCAUAGGCAGAGGAGGUGAGGAAGGUUUUGAGCCUGGACUUGAACAGGGGCAUGGAGCCGACAGCACAGAUGGCUGGAGUAAAAUAUUUCCAGGACAAUGGGGGCAGCAGAGAUUGAUCCGGGAUCGGACUGGGGGCAAGUGGAUAUACUCGAGUAUUGAGGGGAUGUGAUCUCGUGGACGAAUGCGGUGAAAAGUCAGGUAGUGGGAUUUUCAAUCAUCUGGAAUUUAUAAAUUAGGGAAUUGAGGAGGCCACGAAAGAGAGAGUAGAGACAGAGUGGUUCCAUUGAACAGUGUUUUUCAUUGCAAGGCUCGCGGGCCCAUGGUGGCCUUUAGCGCGGCCCUGACGUGCAGCCCCUGACAAUACACAACACGUGACACUGCCACAGAGGGUCAUGAUCAGCUACAAGGCACUGCUACCUACUCAACAUCUUGACAAAACCAUGAUCAAUUCCUCGUGCCUAAAAUCUGCGGAAAAAGAUGCACAGCCUCUGCUGCAUCCACCCUGUUCCCUAGCAAAGCCAAAACAGACGAAAUAAUCGAUCUCAUUUUCUGCUGCAAGGCAGCCCUGAUAGUGUUGCACUAAAGUUUUUUGCCAAACACCUAAGAUUGAUUUGUGGAUAAAGAGAAGAUUGUGGAUGCAGUGCUCAUCCCAUUCCCUGCAGAUCAUACUAUUCAUAUAUGUGAAGUUGAUGUAUUCGUGAAUUAUUGCAGUAUUCCAUGAAGCCAGAAGUUCUGUCAGAAGUUGAUUACCCGAUUUAAGCAAACUGGGCUGUACCUCUCUUUGCCAAGGGCGGCUUGGCCAGCAGACAAGAGCGGCAGCAAAGCAGUUACACAUACUGUACGUUAUUUAAAAAGAAAGUGAAUGAUAACAAUAUUUUCUGAAACACAAUUAUGUACAUUCACACUUUGAAACUUUGUGACCUCAAUGGGAUCCGUUUAAGGCGGGGGGGGUGUGUGGGGGGGGGGAGUUGCGUCUCCGGAGCCGCGUGCGGCUCUUUAAGGACCUGCUGCUUCGUCACGAAGUCGUUUAUGUGUUAAGGAACCACCGUCUCCGUAUUCACACGCGUUGCGGCUCUUGAAAUAUUGAGGGGUGUUUUUAAUCGAAUUUGAAGGAAAAAAAAUGCCCCUUGUUAUUUUUGGAUGCCGACCACUGGUUUAAGGAAGUCCAGAUAUGGCAGCAGAAUGGAGAUCCCAAGAGGAGCCAAAAGAUGGUUCCAGCACCUUGGAGCAGUAACUGUACAGUAAACGCUUUUGAACCAAAUUGUGACAAUCUCGGAAUUGUCAACAAAACGAUGAAGCGUGCGCCACGGAUUUUUAGGGCUUACUAAUCGUGUCAAUAUAUCUGACAAUGUGCAAAUUUACGGCCAUUUAUUCCAUGAAGUAAUUUAAUUCUGGCCUGAUAUUAAUGGGUAUACAGUUUAACACAAUUACAUGAAAUAUAUUAUAUUUGUGUUGGGUGACUUGAUGAAAUUUUACUUUAAAAUUAUUAUAUUGGUGCGAUCAAAAUAAUUGCUGCUGUGUACUACAUUUAUCUGAAUUGCUGUAUUUAAAAGGUUUAAUAUAUUUUUUUCCAAUGUUCAUAUGCAUUACAUUGCAUGAAUGACAAGUGACGACUCAUUUAUUGACAAAUCUCAAAAUAAAUAUUUAACACGAUCAUUAUAUGUGCAAAUGGUCUCACAGAGGAAUUCAGUCUUGAUGAACAGCCUGACCACCGGUGUCUGAGCACCGGUGGUCAGACUGACUUCGUAACUCAAAAGUUGUUGGCCAGGCUUGGGGAUACGUAAUCAUUGCUGAUGUCAACUGUGUACAGAAACGUACUGUAUUGUUGUAGUCAUUACAAUUGAAAAAUAAUAAGUCAGUGACUUCCUGCUCAAAUGAACAUUGUGGAAGUACUCUUCUCCCGUUUACAGCUGUGAGCCCCUGGUGGAAAUUCCUCAGUCAUAUUGCAGAGGCAAGCCUUUCCACAGGACAACCACUGCUGAAUACCCAGCAAAGUGAUACCUAUUUUGUGACCCCGGAAGGAUAAUGGGCUCUCAGCCGCCUUAACCAGGAUUUGUACUCGCAACCUUCUGAUUGUGAGCCACUUGCUCUGCCAUUGAGCCACCUGAACGGGCAUUUACAAGCCUGUUCUAUUGCAGCAGUAGCGGUUAAUGGUAGUGUAUAGUGGGUAAGCAGGGAGAGCGGGACUUGCUGGAGGCAACACGUUUAUUAUACUUAAGGGUACAUAACACAAGGGGUAACGGCCCCUUACACC